GUAGAGUAUUCAGUAGUGAUUUGAACGUAUCGGUAUGCGGUUGUGUACAAUUUUUGAUUCGAACGUCAAAUGGAAUGUGUGCAUUGAUACGAUCGCAUAACGUUUCAUAGGAACACAACAAGAAAGUUUUUAUUUUUAUUAUUUUUUCAAAUUUACUCCAAGAAGUGUGUACUGCAGUUUGUAUAUUCAUUUGCGCUAUUCGAAACAAUAUUUUGAAUAGACUGUUCGGUACACGACUAAACUGAUAAUAUUAGCAACUUUAUGUGACCAGCAAAAUAUUAAAAAAUUGAAAAGACGAAAUUCAAUCAGUACCCGGCACUUAAAACGAAUCUAUUAUUUUGUUCGUUUGUUUAUUAAAAUGGAGUUCAGUUCAUAUCAUUUUGUGUGCAUAAUACUUUUAGUCUCGGUGACACAGGGAAUGGCCAAAGUUGGAUUAACGAAUUCAGACGACGAAAUUGUGGCGGCUAAUUCAAUUCAACAUCAUCAAUGUCAGGAAUCGUGUCUGCAAAAGUAUACAAUAAAUGCCACUGCAUGUCUUCAAACACCUGUUUGCUCAAAGUGCUGGCAAUUAUGCAGUGAAUCCACUCAAACACAAAAACCAUGGCCAAUAAGAGUCGCAACGAUGGUCAAACAAGAGUUUCUUGUCGCUACACACUUAGCCUGGGAACCGUCAAAUGUACUCGUCAAUUGCUUAGUGACAUGGGAGGUCUACGGAGGCGGAUUAAUGGGCAAUCUAUUGACUGAUACAUCCAACGUUGAAUUAUCCCUCUGGCCAGACACAAAAUACCGUGUCGAAGUCACGUGUAAAAAUAAAAUGACCGACGAAACAAUAAAAUCGUUACCAAUUGUUGUCGAUACGAGCAACGCAAUCGAAAUGAAACCCGAACCGGAUCAAUCAUCAAACUACAUUCAACAGUCAAUCGCUGGCCGAACCGCCGUACGUAAUGACCAUCAAACAGUCAAAUCCACCAAAAACGAUGACAAGCAAAAAUUGCGUGAAGUAGCCAUCUAUUUUACGCUUCCGAUUGCAUCGUGGGAAGCCAAGCAUCCGUACUUGAAGCAAAGUAUAUUGGGCGGUGUCGCUGCAUUGAUUGCAUUCUUAUUUGUGCUCACUGUAUUUUUGGCUUUGCGCAAACGAUUCUAUGAUAACAAAACCGACGCGUAUUUACGUGAGGUGAAGAUCAAUAUUGACAGAUAAAAUACUUUUUCUGUUUCUGGGUGAAAUUCGUAUAUCGCAUCGUAUAUAGACAUUUUAAGUGUAAAAAAAAAUUAAUGAGAAAACGUUUUUUUUUAUUAUUUCAUUUGCUUGUAUAAAUAAAAUUGGACAUUGUUGUAAAAGCCUAAAUAUUUGUGGAACGGCGAAGAAUGAAAAAUUGUACGGAGUAAGUCGCAUAUAUUUACCAUGGGAUCGAUUUCGAACAUUUUAAGUAAAAAACGAUGUCCAUAACUUACAUUACGUUACAACAAUUAUAUAUGCGUUAAAAAAGAAACGUUUUGUGUUGUAGCGAUAUAGCUUAUAAUGUGUGUAUGUGUGACAACUUUUUUUUUUUUCAUUUUCUUUUAUUUAUUUACAAAAUUCUUUUAUAUUCCAAUGAAGUGUUUCGGUUCGUUCGAUUGAGCCACAAUAUUUUUUUUAGUGAUAAACCUAAUUGAAGUCUGAUUGAGGAAACUACCAUUUGAAAUUACAAGAAAAAAAAAUAUUUUAAAGUUGAAGCAAAUCGGAAUGAUCAGAUGAAGUGAAUGUGAUAUGUUCGAGUAUAUGUUUCUUUCAACUUUAAAAUAAUUUCUUUUUAAAUUAUUAAAUUUGCUUAGUACAAACAUGACAUCGGACAUUCUUUUAAUCAAUUUUUUUUUCGUUUUUUUUCCUAAGAAACGUUAGGCCUUAGGUUGGUUCAAUUUUUCAAAGUUUUCUUUUCGAUUGAUUUCGUUAUUCCCUUUUGAUUGAUUUUUUCCCGCAGAUGGAAAUGCUCCUUGAGGCACUGAAAGAUUGUGCAAGUCUAAAAAUUGACACCGUAAGUCCGCAGAAGACUCAAAAUAUUUAUUUUUUGUGCGUUACGCACCUUCUACCUCCCACCUGAGUUGUGUGUCUGGCCUAAUACAAAUAAGUUGUUCAAGGAAGCCAGUUCGACCAAGGUUCUCAAAGAACCAGGUUAAGACAACUCUGAGUUGAUCACGAAGGCGGUGACACACAAAUUGAGUUCAGCGGCUACGAAGUUUAAAUGAAAUAGGCAACUUAACAAAAACAAAAUUCCGAAUUUUCAUAAAAAACACUUUCUUCAAGUUGGUUUCACAUACAAACUGUACUGAGUGCGUUUAUCAAUUUCGGUGUCACCCGCCUUCGUGGGUGUCUUAACCUGGUUCUUUCAGAACCUUGAGUUCGACAUUGUACAUGUAGCGAGAGAACUACGUUCACACUGAGAUGUGUAUUGCAAAAAGUAUAACCUCAAUGUUAAAUCUACUAUAUAAUUAGCAGUUAUGAUACCUCUAUCAUACUACGAUCAAAUCGUAAUUAUUUGGGAAUUGCUUAGAAAGGUGACGCCGUAUCGUCAAUCUCUUAUUUUUAUUAGUGGACUUUGUUGCACGCAUUCAUAGAUGUUUGUAAAUAUGUAUAAGAAAGUGGGCUGAGUGAAUAAGAUAUUGAUAACACGACGCAACUUUUUGGUGAUCGUGACUUUAGUGAAUUCUUGAUAUUUCUCAAAUAAUAACAAAGUCUUACCUAGACAAAGAUGGUGAAUUAUAACAAAAAAUGAAAACGAAAA